CCAACAUUGCUCGACUAACAGAGUUGUCAAGCGGGGUAUUGAAGCCGUUCCCCGACCUAAGAACUCUCACGGAGGACCGACAGAAGCGGCGGUGAAAAUCGGGGGAAGGAGGGGUGUACGGACGAGGCAAGAAAAAGGAGACAAGACAGACACUCAACUUCAGCAUCAGGCAAAUAUCGAAGAUGCUUAUCAACCCAAUGGGGCCCCAGGAUGUCUGGGAUGGUCUUCCAACGAGUGGCGACGUCUUUGCGUCUCAGUCUCACUUUAGCAGCAAUAGCGAGUGGAAGAUCCUGCAAGAGCUCGUUCUUCGACAGCUGAAGGAUAGUCCCAUUCUCCUCGACAGAUUCUUAAAAGACUUGGGAACGUUUUUGUCUCAGUCAGUACCGCAAAGCACAAUGGACGACCAGCAAUGGCUCCAACAGAUAGCUGGGGAUAGCGGAGACGAGCCUUACUUGGCCGAGUCCUUUUAUAAUAGUUAUUUCCCAGCCCCUGACGCAAGCACUUCGUACGCUAGAGCUCAAACGAGUGCCGCUGGUGUCUCAGCUGUAAAUGUCCGAAGAGACUAUGACCCGAGUCACAUCCAACAAUAUAAACAAGAGCCGCCGGCAACAGGAGACGAACAAAUGUUUUUACCAAACACCCCCACCGCAAACGCUUAUUCUCGAGGGUAUGGACCCGGUUACGAUACUCGACAACCACCCUGGCAGGCAUACAACACCGGAGGUAUCCCUGGAGGUAUCUCAGGAGGAGUCGGUUUUAUCGAUUUCCAUCCUGAUGGCUUGCCUAGUAGUAGUAGCGCCUGGCCUCAACCCGGUCAAGCCGUCUUUGGAGAACCUCUGGACAAUACCCAGGUGAGUCCUAGCAGCUUCUCAUCGACCCACUCCUCGACUACAUCGGACGCCAUGGCCGCGAUGAGCCUCGACACCAUGACAGUACAUGGUGACACAACCGGGAACCCGCAAGCCAGUGGCGCUGUUCCCGGGCCGGAUAACUCCGCAAACACCUGGACGCCGAGCUACCCCACCACCAUCGCUCCAAAGAUGCUGCAGAUCCACCCAUCUCCGACCCCAAACUCUUCGUCAGAGUCCAUUCCUACCACCAUGAUCGCCAAUGGUGGUGAUGCGGAUCUUGGUUCCUCCGCGUACGACAACACCAACAACCAAUCUCGCACCACCCAAUCACCGAGGCCGGCUCCCAAACUGCGGAAGGAAUUGCCAGAUAGGCCAGCGAGAUUGCGGAACUCAGGUAGCGCGUCCUCAUCUUCCAAGCCGUCGUCGUCUUCGAAAGGCAAGGAAAACGCGGCGGCCAGUCAGUCGCGCACGAGCCACACUCACCGCCACCGGCAUCACCAGCAACCACAAGCACCGCAGAAGACUAGAGUUGAGCAGCUAAAGCGAGAGAAACAGGACGACGCGCCUCGUAGGGUACCGGUACCAGACGCGCCUACCCCCGCCUCAACAGCUCGUAACGCGCACAGUUCUGGUAGUGCCAGUGCCAAUACCAACGCCAAUGCGACCGCGAGCCCCGCCACAAGCCCACCCAACAAGGAUGGACGGGCAGCUAAGGAUGACUUCCUUGUCAGGUCACGGAUGGCAGGCGUGACGUACCGCGAAAUCCGGCGCAAGGGUAACUUUUCAGAAGCCGAAUCGACGCUGCGCGGACGGUUCCGGACUCUGACUAAAGACAAAGAGGCGCGUGUGAGGAAGCCGGAGUGGCAAGAGAACGACAUUCGCCUACUCAAAAAAGCCGUCCGCCAGCUACACAAGGGAGGAGACGACCUCGCGGUCGCAAAGGCGCCUUGGGGACAGGUCGCUGAUUACAUCGUGACUAAUGGUGGCUCGUACCAGUUCGGCGGCGCGACUUGUCACAGGAAGUGGAAGGAGUUGGUAGAAGAAGGCGAGGUAGGACGAAAAUGAAUCAAGACAGGGCGAAUACAACAUUCGCUUCGCUUAGCUAAUACGAAACAAAGAAAUAGACGGAUAAACAGGUUAAAUGACUGAGGGUAUCAGUGAGUAUUCGGUUUCGAGGAUUUGUGUAUGAAUAAGGAAACCUUUAAACUCUUGUGUAUUAGACGG